AUGGCACGUGGUGCUCCUCUUCAGUGGCUAGAUGAAAUAAGGAUUAUUGAUGGUGGGUUUGGUUGGGAGGCCAUAAGGCGUUCAAAACUUCGAAUUGAGGGUCACAAGGCGUGGAGCUCGCUUCUUAUUAAAGAGGACCCUCGGUUAGUUGUGGAUGUACACAAAAGGCAAAUCAAAAUCAGCAUCCCUGCAGCCUCCGUCAGUUUUCCUGCCCACUUUAGCUUCCUACAUGCUGGUUGUGAUGUGAUCUGCACGAACACCUAUCAGGCAUCCCCGUCGACGUUGGCAUCUGCGCUCAGUGUCGAAAUACCCGAGGCCCGGCAACUAAUGAUAAAAGCCGUCACACUUGCUUUUGAUGCGAUUUCUCAGUUCGAAAAGGAAUGCGAUAAAGAUACGUUGGCGAAACGGCUAACUCCUCUUGUUGCCGGGUCCCUCGGGCCCUAUGGCGCCUGUCUGGCAGACGGCUCAGAAUACACAGGUUCAUACGCGAAGGAUAUGGAGUUUGAUGAACUUGUUCGAUUUCACGUUCAACGUGCAACUAUCCUGCAUCACGCCGGCGUUCAUUUUUUGGCUUGGGAGACUAUUCCCUCGCUUAUUGAAGUUAGCGCUAUUGUUGAAGCAAUGAAUCGUUUGCCGGACUCGGCCAUUGCCUGGGUUUCUAUAUUGACGAAAGACGGUUACACCACAGCACAUGGAGAACCUUUACACCAGGUAGCCUCUAUCCUCAGAGACUGUGAAAAAAUAUUCGCGGUUGGUGUUAACUGUCAUGUUAGGCACGACUGCAUUCCCAUAGCCCUUGCGACUCUCGGCGAUCUAGACAUUCCUCCCGAUCCAAACGACGACAACUACCACCCGAACCCCUUACAGGUACGUAGUGUACCGAAGUGUAAUCCACCGGCUAGGCCUAGGCCGAAGCUUCUAUUUGCAUAUCCAAGCAGUGGAGAAGUUCUUGUCAGGAAACGAAAACGAGUGAGAAGAAAACGCAAAAUGGUGGAUUUCUGGGUGUGGCCCGAAGACUCAGGUCCCGAUCGUUGGGCCUCAACUGUGGCAGAGUAUGCGGUUAGCCAACAAAUGCUGCGCCAACAACCUGGACUAACUGCAUUUCAAAUAUCACACAGCCGAGGACUCGCUCAAUGGAUUGGGGGAUGCUGCCGUGUGACACCGGGUAAUAUUUCAGACCUCGCGAUGCGCCUCAAACCGGAGGUGAUGGCUCAUCGCAUUCAGUGCCCAACAACGUCAGUCGUUGUUGGGGACAACAUCGGUACAACAGAAAUGCAACAAGCACCAGAAAUGAAGCAGGCCAUGCAGAAACGAGGUGGUAAACGUAAAAACAAGCGGAAAUGUCGAUAA